ACCAUGCGGACUAUUGGAUUAUGCGCAACUCAUGGUCAGUCAGUAGGGUUCGAACGACACAUCAGCUGUUCUGCAGUCGCUUUUCUCGUUCGACGACCUCCGACGCAAACCGUAUAAGGACGGUGGUACUGCGAGUGGGCGGAUUGGUCGACUCCUCCACCGUGUGGGCGCUCGCUUCGCACGGCUGAACAAAACACACAUGACGACAGGUGAUGUGAACGACCUCCUGGCUUACGAAUUCCGCGGAUUGCAGAAUCCCCUCCACGAUUCCAGCCGCGUAGGCCCCACAGUUGAUGUGCGAGAAGUCCUGAUACACAGUGAAGUGUAUCUCGAGUGAUCAGGGAAGUUGUCGAGUGUGAGCCUACCCUGGGCACUGAAAUAAACUUCGUCAGAAGCAGGCUCUUGUCGUUGAUCAUAUCUGAGGGUCGCACACAUGGGAAAGCGCCCCAACAUACGGACUGUGUGUGUGGUUUCAUGCGUCUACAUUCGAGCUCGCUGUCCUGUCCCUUCAGAAGGUCCCCAGCAUGCCCAAAAAGUGCCCUCCAGCAGGUUUGUGAGACAAACGAGAGCAUGGACAGCAGCCUGACCUCCCUCCUGUUGGCCUUGUCACGAUAGCACAGCAGAUCUAGCACACGAUACCCAACACGAACGCCGACCUCAUGCAACCUGGGAGGACACACAGUGAACAACCAAAACUUGAUACUCUGCUGCGCGUUUUCCCACUUGUCUUCAAGCUGCUGGCUCUGCUCGACAUUGUUGAGGCAGUACUGAACCAUCUCGGAGAACAAAAAGGCGUACAAGCUGAGGCUCACCUACAAGGGCACGCAGAGAGGCAUCAUGCGCGGCAUCACGUGCAAGGAAUUUUCAUUAUCUUACUUCGCCCUUCGAUUUGGAAAACUGACGGUCCAGUAUUGAGGUCUUCAUCUCUGCUAGAACAGAUCACCUAGGGAGAUAAGAUCGCAGGGCUGGGACGUUGACGAUGGU